CACGUAGCUGCUGUGACCUUUCUUCCCUUGCAAGGAAAUAAACGGAGAAAGACAUAUUUGACUCAGAGCCUUUAUUCUUAUUUAACGAUUGUCUGUGCAAAAACUUCCACCAUAGGAGUAACAGAUAUAUCACUGGGAAGGGUAUUCAAAAUGUCUCCCUGACUUCCCUAAAACAAUGUUAUUCUUUGUUUAAUACAUAGCACAGGCUACAUACUAUACUUAUUUGCCCUUAAUUGAUUAAUGCACCCCAAAACCUCCAAAAAUGUGUUGAAAAUACUGUAGACCUUGAAUUCUCUAAGAACCCAUGAAAUUAAAACAAUAAAUUGUCUUGAAGACAAAAGCACACAACUUUUGCAGACAUUUCUUAUUUGCUAAAAUAGUUGAAGGUAAAGUGCUUUUUUCUGAUGAUACAUUUGCACUAUUGCUUCCGUAAAAGCCUUUGAAAGGAGAAGGAAACAAAGGCAAAUGGACAAAACAUAAGCUAAUAAAGGCAUACUAAAAGUAAAGUACACACAGCUGGUUUGUUGAUGCAAUGGAUUGUGGCUUAUGGCGAUCAUUUGUUCAUGUUUCUGCGUGUGUUUUCUCACUUUGCAGCACCGAGCUCUACCAGAUAGCUUUACUCUAUCAUUUUUACACUUUUAUUGUGUUUACAUUUUUUAAUCAUGGAUAUGAAAGAAUUCACUUUUCAUUUUGCAUCUCAUCAAGUCACUUCCUUCACUGUUUGCGAUCAUUCCGCCUCUCCAGUGCCUUCAGUCCACCGACUCGCGUCCUGGCGGCGCCCCCCAGUGGCCGCUCUCUGUAAGCACACCGGCGGGACGUGCCGCAAACAGCCGGCAGGUCACAGCCUCGUCUUCACUGCGUCUCAAGCCCGAGAGACGCGCCGCCGUCCCUCUGUCUCAGCCCGGCCGACAGGCUGUUCGCAGUACUUUGAAAACAAACAAAAAACAAGCAUGAGCCGGCCGUCGACCUUCCGGUAACGUCGCUGAAAAUGCUCCAUGCUUUCUGCUCCGCGGUAGAAGAUGGCGGAGUCGGACGGCGGGGAUUAUGCUUCGAAACAUCCACAGAGCAGUAUGGCUAACAAGAAUAACAUCCUGUGCUGUACCUUCUCCGCCUCAAGCCACAGUGCCACCCUCCUUCAGGGCUUGUCGGUCUUGCGGGCUCAGGGUCAACUGCUUGACGUUGUGCUGGCCAUCAAUGAGGAGCGCUUCCAGGUCCACCGAGCUGUGCUGGCCGCCUGUAGUGAUUACUUCAGAGCCAUGUUUACUGGAGGCAUGAAGGAGUCAAGUCAAGACACCAUUGAGCUGAAGGGUCUCUCCGCCCGUGGGCUGAAACACAUUAUUGACUUUGCCUACAGUGCAGAAGUCACUUUAGACCUGGACUGUAUUCAGGACGUCCUCGGGGCAGCGGUGUUCCUCCAGAUGGUCCCAGUCGUGGAGCUCUGUGAGGAGUUCCUCAUCUCGGCGAUGAGCGUGGAGACCUGCCUGCACAUUGGCCAGAUGGCCACCACCUUCAGCCUGUCUUCCCUCAAGGCGUCGGUGGAUGCCUUCACCUUCCGCCACUUCCUGCAGAUCGCGGAGGAGGAAGACUUCCUGCACAUUCCCGCGGAGCGCCUCGUCUUCUUUCUGCAGAGCAACGAACUGAAGAACUGCAGCGAAAUCGACCUCUUCCACGCCGCCAUCAGGUGGCUCCGCUACGACGAGUCCCGCCGGGCUCAAGCCAGCGGUGUCCUCUGCCACGUGCGCUUCCCGCUCAUGCGCUCCUCCCAGCUGGUGGACAGCGUCCAGACGGUGGACAUCAUGGUGGAGGACGUGGAGUGUCGGCAGUAUCUCCUCGAGGCCUUCAAUUACCAGAUCCUUCCCUUCCGACAGCACGAGAUGCGCUCUUCGCGGACGGUCAUACGCUCUGACGUCCUGUCGGUCAUCACCUUUGGCGGGACGCCCUACACCGACAACGACCGCACGGUGAGCAGCAAGGUGUACCACCUCCCCGACGCGGCGUCCCGCCAGUUCAAAGAGCUGACGGAGAUGGAGGCCGGGUGCAGCCACGCUUGCGUCGCCGUCCUGGAUAACUUUGUCUACGUCGUCGGGGGACAGCACUCGCAGUACCGCAGCGGCGAGGGAGCGGUGGACAGCUGUUUCCGGUACGACCCGCACCUGAGCCGCUGGCUGCGCAUCCACCCCCUGCAGGAGGCCCGCAUCCAGUUUCAGCUCGCCGUGCUCAACGGGCGGCUGUACGCCACCGGCGGGCGCAAUCGAUCCGGCAGCCUGUCGUCCGUGGAGUGCUACUGCCCGAGGAAGAACGCCUGGAGCAAUGUGGAACCGUUGAAACGCAGGAUCUGGGGUCACGCGGGGACUCCCUGCGGUGAAAAGCUGUACGUGUCGGGGGGUUACGGCGUCUCGUUGGAAGACAAGAAAAGCCUCCAGUGCUACAACCCGGCGUCGGACCGGUGGGACUUCGGCGCCCCGAUGAACGAACCCAGAGUGCUGCACGCCAUGAUCGACGCCGGCGGUCGGGUGUACGCUCUGGGCGGCCGCAUGGACCACGUGGACCGCUGUUUUGAUGUGCUGGCGGUCGAGUAUUACGUCCCAGAGAGCGACCAGUGGACCACCGUCAGUCCCAUGAGAGCGGGGCAGUCUGAGGCCGGCUGCUGUUUGUUGGACAGGAAGAUCUACAUCGUCGGGGGCUACAACUGGCACCUGAACAAUGUCACAAGCAUCGUGCAGGUGUACAACGUGGAGACGGACGAGUGGGAGAGGGAUUUGCACUUCCCAGAAUCCUUUGCUGGCAUCGCUUGUACGUUAAUUAUUAUUCCACAGAACACGACACGACAAUGACCACCUGACCUGCAACUGUGAAGAAUCCUCGUGCUCUUUCUGCUGGCCAUUGGGCCGACACGAGGUACCAACGUUAUGUAAGCUUCUGUGAGUUUGUGUGUCCGUCCAUUCUAGAGAAAGACCUGAAAGGCCGCUAAGCUGCAUUACUCUGUGU